UCACAAUCUACAUCCAUAUUUCAUUCCUCUAGUCUAUCUUUGCAUAGUUCAUCCCUUUUUCUUCAUAAAUUUUUCCCUUUUGCUUCAAUCAUGGCUGGAGGAAAGAAGACAAAGGCUUCGAAGAAGAAGGUCACCACCGAGGCUACGUCAUCCGCGCCUCAACCCUUCCCAUAUCUCGACGGUUCCUUUUUGGAGUUCGGGUCAGAAGAAGAACUCACACGCUUCAUCACCUACUUCGCCAAGCGCCCGAUCUCUCCGCCCCGCGUGCUACCCGAGCCAUACCCUCAACAGAAGGGUUACUACGACCUUGACAAUCAACUCAAGGAGUCGGGUCUGUGGCCUUUCGUCUCCCGCAGUCGCACCUCCUUCAAUCCCGCCUACGUUCGGGCAUUCUACUCCAAUCUCCGCCGGGACGGGGAUACUAUUCGCAGCAGCAUCAAUCUCGUGGACUUCGAGUUUGAUUUGGCUAUCUUUGCCCGGAUCGCAGGUUUGCCCACUCGCGGUGACGACAUCGCGACUUAUGGUGGCGAUGAUUGGAUCCUCAAGAACGAGGCGGUGGUCAUCCGAGAGCUCGGAAUCACCAACCUCGUCCGUCACAGCGGCGCACCAACCAUUCACUCAGCCCCGCCGGAGAAGCGCCUUCUACUCUACAUCCUCACCCGGAUUCUUCGCCCCCGAGACGGCAGCCACACGUGUCUCUUCAACGAGGAUCUCAAGGUCGUUCAUGCAAUCACCCAUGGCGCCUCGAUCAAUUGGGCGAAAUACGUCAUGAUCCACAUGGCGGAUUGCGCCUCAAUCGCCACCGAAAGGAGCUUGCCCUACGCCUUCCUCGUCAUGGAUCUCAUUGUCGCGGCCGAAAUCCACAUCGCCGGCCCGAACACGAAGAUGACAAAGAUUUGGAUCAUCCAAGACAGCACCUUCCGGAAGAAGUCCGGUGACGGAACCGGCGCUGGACCGAGUCGUGCCCGUGCCCCUGCCCCUGCCCCCGCUCCCGCCAAGGCGUCCUUACAGUCCAUAGCCGAUACUCUAAGUCUUCCUCAUAUGCAUAACCUCAUCUCGUUUGCCAUUAUCAAAAAAGGGGAAAUUGUUGAAACACGAGCAUGUCACGUUUUCGUACUAAAGCCGUGUUUGUUCUUAUGACAGGUUUUGAUAAUGCCAAACCGCCGUGAUCAAGUCAAACUUUGAAUAUACAAGGCGAAGAAGGAAGACAAGAACAAGAGCUAAAAGAAGACCAAGAACGAAGACCUUAGUUUUAGUGUCGUGAGUCGGUCUUCAUUGUGAUCAAGACCGACCCAAUCUUUACACCUUGGCUCUUUAGGCUAAAAUCCUUCAUUACAUUUCUUAAAUCAUAAAAAAAAGUUUUUCAAACAUUUUUAAGUCAUUAAAAACACUUGGUGUUC